AUGGCAGGUUUAAACAAAGAUACGGGGUUCAGAGGCGCGUUUUCAUACUUGAAUAAUAAUAGUAUUUAUGUUAUUGUGAUGGGUCCGAACACCGAAUUAAGAAUGCAAGCAGUCGCUGUAGCGGUAGCUAGGCUGUACUUUACAGACAACAAUGGCAAUCCUGUCCAAGUUCCAAACGGGUUCACUCUCACCGACACUCAAGGAAACGCUAUACUACCUUUUCUCGGGAAUUACUAUGUGACGUGGUUUAAUUCCUAUGAAAUGAGGAUGAAUGGCCAACGAUUCGGGGGAUUAACGACACAACAACAACAAGCCAUUGAUUUGGAUGAAAAUUAUCAUCGUUAUGUCAUUUAG